AUGAAGAGGAGCACCGUCCGGUUGAAAACCAAAUUAUUCGUUUCAUGCAAUCCUUUACUUAUACUGAUUGCAUUGGUACUUAUUCCAGUUACGAUUAUUGCUUUAGCAUGUUGUGGGAACCUAAGAAGGCAGUACCCGGCCAAUCUUAUAUUCUUAUUUAUAUUUACAAUAGCUGAAAGCUUCCUCUUGGGUACAAUUUCUUCAUAUUAUGACAUCGAUGUAGUGGCCAUAGCUGCAGGUGCAACCGUCAUCAUAUGCCUUGGACUUACUGUGUUUGCCUUCCAAUCUAGAAUAGAUUUUAGUGUUUUAUCUGGAAUUCUCGUGGCUCUAUCUCUGGUGAUUCUCAGUUUCGGCAUCACCGCCAUCUUCUAUCAAAAUGACAAACUCUGGUUACUGAUAGCAGCGUUUAUUGUUGUUGUCUUUUCAAUAUACUUGGUAAUUGGUACGCAACUGAUAAUUGGAGGAGCUGGGAAGAUCAGUCUUUCUCCCGAAGAGUACAUUUUUGCUGCGCUUAAUCUGUACCUCGAUAUUAUUAACAUUUUUUUGUAUAUCUUACUCAUUGUUGGGCGUGCUGCGAGAUAAUAUUGAGGAUUUGUAUCAGUUAGAUAUAAGUUAGUGUAAGCUAUCAAUAAAAUUUAGAUAAAGCAA